UGCCAUUCGCCCCGCCGCCUUCUCUUCUUGCGUCCUCAUCUGGGCUAUCUGCCUUCUCUCUACCACCGUCUUACCGCCCCUAUCGUCUGAUCGUUUCCAAUAAUGUCCGUCACCCGUGUUAGCGAAUCUCGUGUGUUUUCCACCCCCGUCCAGAGCGUCUGGGCUCGCGUUCGUCCGACCACCUUUGACUGGUGGUCCAACGUCGUCAAGGCUGAGGUCGAAGGUCAUGCUGAUCAAGUCGGCUCGGUCCGAAAGGUUACCUUCAAGGACGGCACCGUUCAGAAGCUCAAGAUCCUGGAGCUGUCCGAUCUCGACAACUUUGUCACCUACGAGGUGAUCGAGAGCAACCCGCCCAUCGACGUCCUUGCCGCCAUUCAUACCAUACGUUUGCGAAAGGUUACCUUUGACAACAGUACCUUUGUUGAGUGGACCUCGGACUUUUCGAGCGGAUCCAACACCUCCGCUGUGGUUGAAGACUCUCGCUUCAAGAAGCGCGAGGCCUUUGCCGACCUGUCGACUGCUCUCGCCAAACACUGAUCCUCCAAUACGUGCGAGCCGGAUGCAGCCCUCUCGGGUGACUCGCCUCAGAUCCGCCAGGGUGCUGCUGCUGCCUGAUCCCUCGCGGAAACUCGAAGCUGCAGCACCAUCCCGAUCUAUCUGGGAGGCUUCAGCCAGAUCGCCACUGUCUCGACGCUGUUUCCAUGCAGCCGAGUCGCUGCCCAAAUACAGUUGUUUUGAAGACA